GAACACAUAAUACCUGUCGUGGAAAUUCAGCGCCGUGAGCUCCCUUUGAAGUUCAACACGUCGGCUCUGCGGCGAGCUCUUUUUCGGUGAACCUUUUGACUGCGUCGCAAAUGGCCGAGUGAGGGAGAGCGUUUGAACUUUUUUUCCGGCCGGAUACGAUGAUUCCCGAAGCAGACCUUCAACAUUUUCGCUCGUUUCAAGUUUUACAAGAAUCUGCGGCAGGUGCUCGUGCGCGCGUUUGUGGCGUCAUAUAAAGGGGGAUGAUAAAAUUGAAGGAGAGAUGAUGGAAAGAGGGCAAUAUGGACAAUAAAAAAAAUGGAUCGGGUGCGGGUCAUAAAUGAGCACGAUGGUGAUAUCACCUUCUGAUGAAAUGCCACAGCUCUUCCCUUUUUACGAUUCCUCCAGUGAGAAUUAGCCGGGCGGGCUAGAGCGAACGUUUGCAAGUUGUCGAUCGGCUUUGGGACAAAGAUAACGAAUUGAAAGGAAGGGGAGCGGAAUUCAUUAGCUGGUUAUGUCAAUUCUUUUUUUUUUUUUUUGUGAUGUCAGGGGCUGACCUCAUCUGAAAGUGAGUGGCGAGAAGGGUUGAGUGUUAUCUCGGAGGUUGUAUCUGUCUGUGCUCCGAUGCCCUUGACUGCCCCGCUAUGGUCCUUGUACCUGCUUGGUGAUAAGCAAGAUGACGUAUGUGCGCUCUCCGCCUCGUCUUCUUGGCCGUCCGUGACAGCUAUUGGUCAUGCACUUUGGCUGGCGGGGAGUUCCCUUGUUCUAUUUCAUGGUAAACAUAAAUCCGCGUGACCCGUACUGGCCCUGUUGCCUCCAUAACGUGCAGGGCAGGAGCUUUCAUUUCCCCCUUUUGUUACCACCAUCACUCAUUAGCUCUCAAACGCAUUUCCAAGAAACUUUAUGGAAGGUGGGGGGGGGACGUUCUAAAGACCUCAGCUCCUUUUUUAAUUUAUGUAUUUUUGAGUGCACGCGAUGGGCAUGAUCCGCAGGAAUGGUAACUUGAAAUUCUCUUUAAAUUGGAAUUCUAACUUUUUAGUAGUGCUAACUUAGGCUAGCUGAGUAGAAGUAAAAGUUGUCAUAAGAAGUGUUAGUAAAAGUCAUAAUCACAGUAAAUAUUUGUGUAAAAAGGAAAAAAAAUCUAAAAAUAAAGACUGUAUUAAGGUGUUGUAUAGCGAGGCCAGCUAGCUCGCUGCCCGUGGCUAGUCGGCUAGUGAGCAGAUGGACUCUUACCUCACCUCUUGACAUUCCAGCAUGUAUUUUUGUAUGUUUUUAGUAGCUUCUGAACACUCGCUAAAAUAAGCUCAGUAGCCUGGUAAAUUUAGCAGAGGUCUCCACUGAGCAAAUUAAAAUGGAGUGACCUACAAAUAGCCUGGAAUCACCUGAACCUCAUUUAUAUUCAAUCCAGAUCCGUGAAAACAAAUGGCGUGAAUAUUGCUUUCUUCCACCCCGACCAUGGAGCAUAGUGCGGCCAGUUGGAGUGCGAGCUAAUUUGACGCCAAUCAAUAGCAGUCUGCGUUUCUUCCUGUGUGUCAGCCGAGUCGGGUGCCCUUGUCAAUGUGUCGAGGCGGCAUCAGUUUGGCGACUGCAAAUCCAUGGCGGGCCUCGCCCCUCCUCCGGUGCGCCAGGGCAUCCGAUUGAAUGCGAACGAGAUUGAUUUCCGCGUCAAAUCCACUUGACCGGUGCGCGCACUCGAUUUUAACUCGAUUGGACAGCAAGACACUUGUUAGGCUAAACAAAAAGAUCGCACGGCGUCUUUGCAAAACACACCUGCACGCUAAGAUGCUCACAUCCUGCACUCCGCCCGCCGCUUCUCUCCCAGCCAAUGAGCAGGAAGCCCACCCGCAGCAUGCUGGGGAAGCAGCCUGUCAUGGGAGGAGGUGUGUCCGCCUGAGCCAAAAGUCUGCGUGCGUGCGAGUGCGAGCUCACACACUGGAAGAGGCGGCCGAGGAGAAGCCAGAGGAGAAAAAGACAGAGUGGGGAGAUCCUCUGAGGGAUGCGAGAGGCGAGCCGAGGAGCAGGAGCGCGUUUCAGCCCCGCGGGGGAGCUCAGACGCGCGGGCAUCUCACUCCGACGGACGGCGCGCCGUCUCCCUGGCAACCGCGAUGGGCUGCAAUUUGUGCACCUUGCAGAAGCGGGAGGAGCACUACAAGCUGCUGUACGAGAUUGCGCAGGUAAACAGGCGUAACUUCUCCAAGGCGGAGCAGGAUGAGACGGCGGCGGAGACCAUCGGACGAGAGCCCAUCGUCGUCCAGGUCAUCCGGCCCACCGCACAGUACCAAGGCCUUGCGCCGCAGGAGGCGCGCGUGGCCGACAUGUGCACGCAAACCGACAUCACCUUCGAGCACAUCAUGGCGCUGGCCAAACUCCGACCCGCGACGCCGCCCGUGCCUGACAUCUGUCCCUUCCUGUUGUCUGACAGCUGCCAUUCUAUCCACGCAAUGGAACGUGAAUUCUACGAGUGUCCCGAGUACCUCUCCAAUAUGCCGGCUGAAGUGGAGCGCACUGAAGAGUAUGUGUACGAGGAAGUGGAGUUGUGCAAGCAGAACACUCAAGAGAAGCUGGGCUUAACGUUGUGCUACAGGACCGACGAGGACGAUGACAUGGCCAUUUAUGUCAGCCAGGUGGAGCCAAACAGCUUAGCAGCGAGAGACGGGCGCAUCAAGAACGGCGAUCGUAUUUUACAAAUCAAUGGCCACACGGUGCAGGAUAGAGAGAAGGCGGUUUCCGUGCUGUCGGGAGAAAAUACCAAGAGCAUCGUCCUGCUGGUGACAAGGCCAGAGACGCAGCCGGACGACGACGUGUGGCUUGACGACGAGCCGCGGGAUCUGGUGAAGGAACUGAAGAUGGAGAUCCUGCAAGCGGGGGGAAAGAAUGAGGCUGGAGAUGAAAGGACACCCGACGCGGCUCCCUGUUCCUCCAACGGCCAAGACAAAGACAGCGGCUUUGGGUGCAGUACAGACAGUCCCGAGCACGUAUCGGCCGGUCUCUACAGGAGAAGUCCGGCUCAGUGUUUGAGGGAACAGUGGCGAGCCCAAAGUCCACAUGGCGGGCGAGGCGGCGUGCGCUCGCAGGACUCCCAUAAGCAAAGCUGCGAAGGGGGAGUGAGCAUUCACAAUGACGCAAGUGGGAUCUUGGGCCUGGAGAAUUACUUCCAGCAACUUCUGGAGGUCAAGUGUCAAAUCCGGAAGGGCGUGGAAUGCGGCGUGUACUCCAUUCGGCACAGCAUCGAGUGCAGCCUCACCGAGCAGGGAGGAGGCGACGGCGAUAGCGCCGAGGAGGCCGGCCAAGGCGACGGGGUGGAGCGAGAGUUGAGGAUGCUAAAGGAAGAGCUGCGCAGCAUCGAGCUGGAGUGUCAGAACAUCGUGCAGGCCCGUCAGCUGCGCCAGGCCCGGCAAACGGGCGCCUCGACACCCCCGGCUUCCUCGCAAGGUCAGAGCCACGAGAGCCGCGGCAGGCUGGCCGACAUCCACGAGCACCUUCCGAGCGAUAAGACCCGAGAAAAAGACAGCUCCAGUGCCUACAACACGGCCGAGAGCGCACGCUCCACUCCGCCGGGUAGGGAGCGAUCUCCCGAGCUCUCCCUCCACAGACGCAUCAGCAUCGCCAACCGGAAGAACCUCCAAAUGGCCUCGUCAAAGCCCUCCAGCCCCGUCCCUAUUCCCAAGUCUCAGGGGUCACCGGAACACGGUGCGCAAGCCCAUCCUUGCGCCGUUUUCUCCAGCAGCCCGGAUCAAAGUCACCCUUCUCGAUCCGAGUCCGACCCGGCGCUGCCCGCGGACGACGAGCGCUGCGAGAAAAAGGGCAAAACCAAAGAUCCCAAAAGAAAACCGCCGUUUGCCUCAUACCAAACCAGCCCUUACCACGGCUCGCUCGGAUCCCGGCAACUUCAGAGCUACAUGCAGCUGCUCCAACAGCACUCGUCCUUGGAGUAUUCCCAGAGCCAGCUGAGUCUGCUGAGCGUCUGCCGGGAUCCGCUGAACCGAAACGCUCGCUCCGGGGAACCGCGUCUGGAGUGGAAGGUGAAAGUGCGAGCGGACGGCUCUCGCUACGCGGCCCGGCGGCCGGCCCGCGACCGCAUCCUGCGGGAGCGAGCGCUGAGGAUCCGAGAGGAGCGCAGCGGCGGCAUGACCACGGACGACGACGCCAUGAGCGAGAUGAAGAUGGGGCGCUACUGGAGCAAGGAGGAGCGCAAGCAGCAGCUGGCGCGAGCCAGGGAGCAGAGGAAGAGGAGGGAGUUCAUGCAGAAGAGCCGCUUCGAGUGUCUGAAGGAGGGCCCGGCCAGCGGGGCCGAGGGCCACAGGGAGCUCACCAUCCUGGAGCUCAGUCACAAGAAGAUGAUGAAGAAGCGCAACAAAAAGAUUCUUGACAAUUGGAUGACCAUCCAGGAGCUGAUGAGCCACGGGGCUCGGGUCCCGGAGGACUCCAAAGUCCACAACGCCUUCCUGUCGGUGACAACCGUGUAGGCCUUGUUUUCCGGUGAGCGUCGAGUUUACCCCUUGCUUGUGGAAAAAGCGUCAAGACUGCGGUUGCUGCGGACAUGUAGCAUUCCUUCCCUCGAACGCUUUUUUCUUUGCAACCUCGGCCGUUUGACUGUCGUUCGUCUGCUUUUGGUAAUCAUCCGUCGAUGUUGUUUGUGACGACUCAUCUGAGGCUACUUGCCUCAUUCAAGGCAGCAUUUUUUAUACGCGGGAUGGGGGGGGGUUAUGAUAUUUUUCACGAUUUGUAAUCUUGUACACUUUGUAUGAAUUUUUUUUUUUUUUUUUUUACACUGGAAGUCAAUGUGGUAUAAGUAGGCUGUUGUAAAUGUAUCACCAAAAGCGAUUGUACACCGGGGAAGAUUGUUAAAAAAAAAAAAAAACAAAUUUAUUGACGGAUGAGUUGUCCGCAAAACCCCCAAAGUGUCAUCUCAAGCUCCCGGAAGGCUUUCACUUCAGGUUUUACCUCAAGAACUGAUCUUUUGCUCCCAAGGACCUUUGGAGCAGACCCUUACAAAAUCCUUCCUGUGUGGUCCAUUUAAAAUAUUCAAUUUUCAUAUUUAUAUCCGUUGUUUAUAUUUAUUGUAAAUUAUUAUUCUGAUGAUGACAGUACUUGACCAAACAUUUUGAUACUGAUUUUUUUCAGGACUGGUUUUUGGACAUUUCCGGUUGUCAAUACUUUAAUCUGCUUGCAUCUGGACAUUUGUCUUCAAUACUUUCCCCUACCCAAAAAUCAGACGUAUUGUGAAAGCGACAUCGAAGUCUCUUGCAUCUUAUUGGCGGGUCUCAUCCCAUUUGCACAUUUUAUCCAAGUUGAUCAAUGCCGUGCAAUCAGCCGCGCCGUAAACCCUAACCAAGCCUCUUUGAGGGGGGAUUCGAGCGCAUGUUGAUGACUAAUUGAACACGCGGGAGCACCCAUAAUGGCGGCACCUGGCUUAUUACCUCCUGACAUCUCCUGAUCUCCAUAUUAUUGCGCGCUGUUUCCAAGUUUGACAAGGCAUCAUCAUGUCACUGCAAUUUGCAAGAUUCAUGCAUUUGCAGUGGGAAGACUUGUGUGCUUGUAUAUAAAACGAGGGGUGGGUGGUGUCCGUUUAGAGGCGGGAGGCGAAACUCUACUUCCAUUUCAAAGUGUUUGCGAGACGGCGCGGAAGUCUCCUCAUCCCCCGUCAAUCUGCCGCGUCCGUCCGCAGCCCGCUGAGCUGAAGAAUUAAUGAGACACAUCAGAGUGGCGCCUCUGCGCAUCGCAUUCAAUCAGCAGCCAAGUGGGUAGGGUGGCGCCGGCGUUGAAAAUUGCAGCAUCCCGCCGCUCUUUUCAUCUAAGGACACCUCCAAGUGGCGAGCGACCACUCUGGCAACUCUGGAGCAGGUAGUAAGAUGGUGCUUCCAGCCUCUGCUGUCACUGAAAAGAUGGAAACACAGGCCAACCGAGCGAGGCUGCGCGAGCCGGAACCGAGGUACUGCAAUUCCUCGGGUUGCCGUUAUUACCGAUGGGUUAUCGCCACCGGGGAGGUGUCUGAGAGUCGUCGCGCCAUUAACACAGGAUCACCUCAAAUGUGCACAGAGCUCCACUAGAAUGGAUUUUCCCGGCAAAAUACGCUCUAACGUAUGUAGCUGUUAUCGAAGGAUGUUAUCGAGUUGCUUUUUUUGAAAUCUGCCCUUUCAAGAUCUCCACGCCUUGCAGUCCAGCCCACAAAUGUCAGACCACUAGUUGGCAACAUUGUCGAGAAAGAAACACGCACAGUGGCUUUUUAAGGUUUGAAUAAAAUGUUUGCCUUGUUCUACAUUUUCAGACUUGUCAUGAUUCGUCUCGGCAUGCCAAUUUUUUUUUCUUCCUAUACAUUCCAUAUGCUGCAUGCAAAGCAUCUGUCAAUCCCGACCCGAGAUGCUUGCGUACAAGGACAAAUCAAUUAUCGGUGAACGACGGGCAGAUGGUCGUGAAGGACGCCGGCGUCGGCGCUUCAGGUACCGGAUUCCUCCCGUUUGAAAACAUCCUCUGCUGCCGCCGCCACCUCACCUGCAUCGACGCCAGCGAGUCACUUGCGCUGAGGCCUCAAAGACUGAAAGCCCAAUCUAAAACAUGAUUGACACGAUGAAGAAUACGGGACCAUUUCGGCUGCUCGUUUGGUGCUCGAGCCAAGGUUGGCGCAAACAUCGUCGGAGCAACCUUGGCCAAUGGAGGCGAUGGGAACCUCGACAGCUGGCAAGCUGACCACCAGCACCACCACACAAGCGGGAAUUGCCGUCGAGCCGCAGAAAAUCGCAGGAGGUGAAAAAAAAAGCAUUGAAUUUUAGUAACGCGGUCUGUGUGUGUCUGUGCUUAAAGUGUCAAUGAAACGAUGCUUCCGGACAGGCUUUCAAUGACGUUGGCUUUGUGAUAACAUCAGCCAGCAAAGAUGCAGCGUGGACCAAAGCAACGUCGAAAUGUGGUCAGAAACGUGGAGGGU